CCCGGCUCAGCGCAUUGCUUCACAGAACACACAGCUCCAACCCAGUCUCCGAUUGCUCGCUCUAGCUCAGUGUUAGGCUCCUAGCUCUUGCUGCAGCUAGCCAACUAGCCACUCUUCCUUGUAGCUAGCAGGCAUCAACCUUCUGCUCAUCAGCAAUGGCCACUGCCGAGGUCCAGACCCCGACCGUCGUUGCGACCGAGGAGGCGCCCGCGGUGGAGACCCCGCCGGCGGCCGAGGAGGCCCCCAAGGAGGAGGUCGCCGCGCCGGCUGAGGCCGUGCCCGAGGAGGCUGCCCCCGCCGAGGCCGUGGCCGAGACCAAGGAGGCGGACGAGCCGGAGCCGGAGGCGGAGGCGCCCAAGGAGCCCGAGCCAGCCGCGGCUGCCGUGGCGGAGCCAGCCGCCGCGGCUGAGGCCGAGGCGCCCAAAGAGGCGGAGGCGGAGCCGGCGGCCGCCGAGGAGGCGAAGGAGGAGGCGGCACCCGCCGCCGAGCCGGAGCCGGAGGCCGCCGCUCCCGCUGCCGAGGAGGCACCCGCCGCCGCUGAGGAGGCGCCCGCCGCGGCCGAGCCGGCCGCCGCGGAGGCCGACGAGAAGGCCAGCGAGUGAGUGAUGAGGCCGCGCGCCACGGCGCCCACGGUGGCUGACGGCUCGGCGUGGCAGCCGCGUGCCGGCGUGCGCACGUACACGGGGCCCGUACGGGCUCGCUGUCCACUACGCUACGGUUUACCUGUUGGUGUGUGCGUGUCGUAGCUAGCCGCAGGAAGCUGCUGUUGUGUGGGGUCUGUGGGCUGCGAGGAGUGGAGUGACGUGGGCUAAAUAAAGAGUGUCGCGGGUGGUGGGUGGGGCCCGGUGUCAGCGGCGCGGCGCCCCAUGCCUGCCGCUGCAGCUUUUGUGUCUUUGUGUUUUUUUUUUGUUUACUCCCUGUCAUGUAUUAUGUGGGCGUAUCGAGUCAUCAACCAUGUUUGCGUUAUCGUUUUGGUUCCGUUCA